AUGGAAGAAAUCAAAUUUUCUCGUAGAUCUUAAUCAUUUACUGUUUUUUAAAGUAAUCUCUAUAAUAGAUUCCUUGAUAUGCAUGAUGAAUUGUCAAAAUCUUCCAAAAAUAUCAAUAAUCUUAUCAAUCAUAGUCUUAAAAAAUUAUCGAAUAACUAAGAAGGUGUUAGAUUUAGUUUUUCUGCAAAUUCUUAUAAUCAAUUAGAACUUAACUCGUUUGAAGAAAUCAUAGAAGAAGAUUUAGAAUUAGAAACAUAACCUUCAAAUAAUGAAAGAGAAUUAAUUUUGGAAAAUAAACUUAAGAUCUAUGAAUCUGCUCUUAAUACAUUUGAAUAAGAAAACAUACAAAAAGAUCUUGAAAUUAUUAGACUCAAAAAAUUGUAAAUAAUAUUAUCAAUAAUAUCUCUAUAGGUUAAAUGAUUAAAAUCUUUAAUAAGCUAUAUAGAAUCCAGAUGAAAUUUAUUAAGAAUAAAGUGUUAUCAAAUAGAAAAUAAAAGUAUUUGAUAGUUAAUAGGAUUAUUAAUAAGAGAGAAAGGAUCUUCAGAACAAAACUAAAGAAUGGGAAAACAAAAUAAAAGAAUAAGCAGAUUUAAUAAUUAGUUAGAAACUGGAAAUUAAUCGAUUAAAAAAUAUAAAUUCAUACUUGCAUAAAUCAAUUGAAAAAUUAUAAAAUUUAUGA